AUGGCUUCAAAUCUAAAAACAAAAGAUAAAACGAUUGCCGAUUUGCAAAAAGAACUCCAACAGCUCAAAAAGCGAAACGAUAAAUUGGUUUCUGAAAAUACAGAUCUCAUGAAAAUUAAAUCGGACUAUGAAAAUAUGAGCGAGAUGUUUGGUCAAUUCAGCGUUCAAUUUAUGGAAAGCCGAGGGCUCUCACCCACGUGCAAGAUUUGCCAUGAGAUCUACGAUACAAAUCUACAUUUUCAAGCGACACUCAAAUGUGGUCAUACUUUCGGGGAAAACUGCAUUCGCGACUCUUUACAAAGUAAUGGCCGCUGCCCAGUUUGCAACAAAAGAGCAAAUGCUUCUGAUAUAAACCGAGUCUACUAA